UAUUAUUUAUUAAAAUGUCAAACAUAAGCAUUUUAGAUUUAGAAAGUAGAUAAAGAUUUUCUUUUUAAUAAAAGAAAUUAAAUUUAUUUAAAAGAUCUAUGCAAAUAGAAUUUUGCAUUUAAUAUGGUUGAAGCCAGAGCCGAAGAAAUAUCCAACGCCAGUAAUAACACGAAGGUAAAAGCAACAAAUAAUAAACCAAAAUCAGUAUAUUCUUGGAAUGUUGUUGAUGUACAGAAAUGGUUAAGACGACAUUGCAGUGACUAUUAUCAGUUGUAUGUUGAAAAUUUUACCCAACAUGAUAUAACUGGUAGAUCUCUUUUAAGGAUCAAUGAUAAUUCCCUCCUUCGACUUGGCAUAACAAAUGAUAUACACAGAGAAGCGAUAUGGAGGCAAAUUUUAAAACUUCGCCUGAAGACUGAUAUUGUAGAAAUUAGAGAUAUACAAAGGCGUAACCUUAAUACCAUGUAUUAUGAUAAUUCUAUAGUUUAAAAUUUGUAAUCAUAAUUGGUUCAGGCAAUUAUUCAAUAUAAUUUUAAGCGUU